AAGGUUAUCAUCAUCGGUGCCGGUGUCUACGGUCUCUCAACAACGUUAUCUCUUUUGAAAGAUGGAUACACCAACAUCCAUCUGUUUGACAAGAACAACUACCUUACGCAGGAGUAUUCCUUCUUCAAAGGUUGUGACUCUGCGUCUUCUGACAUGAACAAGAUCUUCAGAGCAUCCUACGGUGAAAAGACAUGGUACCAAGAGAUGUCCAUGAAGAGUCGUGACGUUUUCGUCAAAUGGAAUGAAGAUAUAGCUGCUACAAGAUGGGAAGACGGCGAUCCAGUUUAUAUCAACAGUGGUAACGUUCAUCUGACCGACCUGGCUGAGCUUCCUGAGUUUGAGAAGCUCACACUGGCCAAUAUGGGAGACGAGGCCAUUGAUGUGCGUGAUCCAAAGGCCAUCGAGAAAGCCAGCAUGUUUGGGUUAAGUCCAAGAAGUGUCGAUCCAUUUGGAAUGAAUGAAAAGUACAAUCUGCAAGGUGUUCUUGAUACAACUGGAGGAACAAUAAUUGCGGAAAAGAUGUGUCGUUACGUCCUUAAAUUGUGUCUUGAUAUCGGUAAGGGAAAGCUCCAUUGCCAUCUAGGUGAGCCUGUUGAGAAGCUUGUUAUGAAUGAAGGAAGGUGCAAGGGAAUCUUCUCUAACGGAGAAAUGCAUUCCGCUGAUUUCGUUGCAGUGUUUUGUGGUGCGUGGACUGUUGAGCUGGUUCCACAAGCUGGUGCUAAGGUUGAAGCCACUGGUGGUACCGUUGUUCUUUGUAAGAUCACUGAUCCAGUACUUCUGGAAAAAUACCAUCAGAAGUCUUUCCCUGCCUGGACAUAUAAAGUUCGUGAUGGUUUCAUGGGUGGUUUGUAUGGCUUCCCAGUGAACAGUGAUGGCUACAUGAAAGUCGGGUACCGUGGCAUGAAGUGGGUUAAUCCUCAGGCUGGUAUAAACUCAGUUACAAAGACACAGUUUACAAAGAGUCCCGAGUCCAAUAUUCCUCUGUUUGGCCUGUUAAGAAUCAAACACCUGCUGAAGAAGUUUUUCCCAGAUAUAAAGUCCAUCACCAAAACACGUAUGGCCUGGUACUCUGACACCACUGAUAAUGAUUUCCUGAUCGACUACUGUCCUGGGUUCAAUGGUACACUCUUUGUUGGAUGUGGUGAUUCAGGACAUGCCUUCAUGAUGUUUGGCUCUCUUGGUGAUCUCAUAAAAGGUCUCAUCGAAAGAAAGGCAGAUCCGUUCCUUACAGAUCUUUUCAGCUGGUCUCGGGAAAGAGAGCAACUUAAUGAAAUCAAUCUUGGAUUGGAUGACCCAAGGGCACUACAGAACAUGAAAAUGGCCUCUCCUAGAGACUGGAAG